CAGCUUUGCGAGUAAUUGCAGGUUUUCAGAUGGAGGGAAAAAAAAAAAGUCCAGACAUGAAAAUCUCACCAGGCAAGAUGGUGGUUUUAAAGUACCUCGCAUGCCAGGAUUGUGCUCAUUUAUAUGCACUUCCUCCAUAGGCACCGUUGCUAGAUCUAAUAAAUGUAAAUUUCCUUGUAGCAAAUGUUAAUUAGGCCUAGUAGCAGUGUAGUGUGUCGAGAAUCACAUUUUAAAGGAACAGUCUGCUUUGGACUUGAUCUUGUUGAUGUGAUUUGAUUAGGCUGUCCUUGAAAUCUGGGUGACUUGUUCACGUGUAAUUCAUUUAUUUAUUUAUUUUUUUUGCUAGACCACAUGUCCCAGGUCAGAAAAGGACAUGCUUUUGAGGACAACGGUGUAUUUAUUUGGGUUUGAGGGAACUAACGGAGGUCAAACUGUAAUUUCUGAAGAGAAACGUGACCUCACCCUGUCACCCGGAGCACCGACACACCCAUCCUGAAACGUUUACCUCAGCGGGUUUGAGCCAGCGUAGACCUCCGAGACCAAGCGUCACGUCAGGCUCAUGAGGUCACAGCAAAUGGUAAUGAGCCUGCGCGUGUCGGAGCUGCAGGUUCUUCUGGGCUACGCCGGGCGCAAUAAGCACGGCCGGAAGCACGAGCUGCUGACCAAAGCGCUACACCUGCUGAAGGCUGGCUGCAGUCCGGCCGUACACAUGAAGAUCAAGGAGCUGUACAGGCGCCGCUUCCCCACUAAACUGCUCUCGCCAGCCGAGCUGGCCCUGCAGGGGGUGCACGCGCCCACCAUAUCACUGCCCAGCGGCCUCACCCAGCUGCCGUUUGAUGGUCACGCCUCACCCACUUCCCCACUGCUGCCCAUAUCGCUCCUGGGGCCCAAGCAUGAGCUGACGCUGCCCCACCUGCCCUCCACGCUCCACCCUGUCCACCCCGACGUCAAACUGCAGAGGCUGCCCUUCUACGACGUGCUCGACGAGCUCAUCAAGCCCACCAGCCUCGCUUCAGACAACAGUCAGCGCUUUCAGGAAACGUGUUUUGCUUUUGCAUUAACACCACAGCAAGUCCAACAGAUCAGCAGCUCUAUGGACAUCUCGGGGACCAAAUGUGACUUCACGGUACAAGUACAGUUAAGGUUUUGCUUAUCAGAAACCAGCUGUCCACAGGAAGACCACUUUCCUCCUAACCUCUGCGUAAAAGUCAAUGGGAAACCAUGCAACCUUCCGGGGUACCUUCCUCCUACCAAAAAUGGAGUUGAACCAAAGCGUCCCAGCAGACCCAUCAACAUUACCUCACUGGUCAGACUGUCCACCACUGUCCCCAACACCAUUGUGGUGUCCUGGACAUCGGAGAUUGGGAGGAGUUACUCCAUGGCCGUGUAUCUGGUGAAGCAGCAGUCAUCUACAGCGCUGUUACAGAGACUCCGUGCGAAGGGCAUCAGAAACCCAGACCACUCCAGAGCACUCAUCAAAGAAAAGCUAACAGCAGAUCCUGACAGUGAAAUUGCCACCACCAGUUUGCGUGUGUCAUUACUCUGCCCGCUGGGGAAGAUGCGGCUAAUGAUCCCGUGCAGAUCGUUGACGUGUACCCACCUGCAGUGCUUUGAUGCCACACUCUACAUCCAAAUGAACGAGAAGAAGCCCACCUGGGUGUGUCCCGUCUGUGACAAGAAAGCACCAUACGAACACCUUAUCAUCGACGGGUUGUUUAUGGAGAUCUUGAACAGCUGUGUAGACUGUGAUGAGAUUCAGUUUAAGGAAGAUGGCAGUUGGGCCCCCAUGCGGUCGAAAAAGGACGUGCAGGAGGUGUCUGCUUCAUACAACGGCGUAGACGACGGGUGUCAUCCGUCAGCACCCGAGCAGAAAUCCAGCUCCCACACGAACGGCAGCAGCAGUAAGAAGGUGGAGGUGAUCGAUCUGACUCUGGACAGCUCGUCUGAGGAUGAAGAGGAGGAAGAGCCACCUGUAAAGAGAAACUGCCCCUCCCUCUCACCGGUAUCACCGCAGAUGAACAAGGGAGUGUUGAAUUUGUGUACUCAGGCAUCUCCUGCAAGUCGAACUCCCAGCAUGCCACAAGUGGAGACCAACUACAUCCCCCCUCCUCCACCACUCAUACAGGACUACCGCCACUACUAUCCUACACCCAACGAUCUGUCAGAUUUGAACUUUUUCUCGUUUUUACAAGGAGAGAAUCAUCAGCACUAUAACAUGGUGAUGGCGGCGGCGGCAGCCUCGGCGUCUGAGGAUCACGACCUCCUGCUGAACCGAUUCCUGCCGUACAGCUCCUCUCAGCUCUUCCUGGACGCUCCUGGCACACCGGUGAGUAGCAGUGGCAGUGCAGUUCACGCCGCUCUGAACGUCAACCGCAGCAACAGCAACAGCUCCAGCAGCAGCAGCCUUCCCACAAUCCCCCGCUCCAGCUCGGACAUCUACGGCUCCAUCCCUGAUAUCAUCUCGCUAGACUGAUCCCUGCAGGAUCCACACCCUCACGCUCCACACAGACUCCAUACAUUUGGUGUUGGGAGAAAAGAAAAACACGAAAGAAGCCAGAAAAAAAAGAAAGUGAGGUGUUUAUUUGUUUUUUUCCUAAACGACAAACAUUUGCUAUGUACAGAGAACAAAUAUAUUUUCAGUUUUACGUUUUGUAUAUAUAAACUCAAAAGACUUUUUUUCCUAUUAUGCGAAUAACUAAGGUUUGGUUUUCUUCCAUGGGAAAAAAAAAAGAGAGACUUUUUUUAUUUCAUCACAAAUUGUUGUGUUGUCGUCCCCUUGAUUAUACUGUUAUAACAUUUUAUAUCUUUAUGGUCUUUUGCUACAUUAUAUUUAGUGUCAUUUCUGAUUCCACGUCGAAGGCGUUACCCUCCCACACAGGGACAUCGCAGCGUGUUUGCCCGUCCCUCGUCCACAUGGACGUUCCAGAUGGACAGAGACAUGCUUCUCUAGUGCUGGCAGUGUUUUUCAGCUCGCAGAUGGUUUUAUAAUUAUAUGAAGUAUGUGAACUGUUAAGCAUUUCUUUAUCUUCAGGAAUCUGCUGUCUCCUGCCAUUGCUUUUUUCUCUUCUUCUUAAUUAUAUGACACUUAUUUAUAAUUAAGAGCAGACACACUUUGCUCUGAUUGUACUGUCAUCUUUGUAGAAUUUGUGCUAAAUCACUUUUUAUAUUUCAGACCACUUUUUUUGCACAAUGCCAAAAGCGAUGCCACAGAAAUCUUUCUUUCUUUCUUUCUUUUUCUUUCUUUCUUUCUGUGACUGAAAUGGUGUUUCAUUGUUUCUUUCGUUUGUGUGUUGUGUUUUUUCUUGUUGUUUUUUUUUUGUUUGUUUGUUUGUUUGUUUUUAGGUGAUUUAAGGAAGUGUGUGAACCCGAAAGAUUUCUAGUGGUUGGAAAAUCUGCCACUGAUCUGUGUUUUGAUCUGAUGCAGCAUUUAUCUAUCUUACAUACACACAUUUUCAUUUUAUUCUGCUGUUUUGUGAGCAGAAGUGAGAGAGAGAGUGUGUGUGUGUGUGUGUGUGAGAGAGAGAGAGAGUGAGAGUGAGUGAGUGUGAGAGAGUUUGACCUGUUAUGACCUAGAAUUGCUCCUAUCCAUGUGAGAAGCUUUAUAUCCAGCUUUAUAAUAAACUCUAGUACUUAGAGUUCUUAUAAUCAAUGCCUCUUCACCACUUAUCCAAAUCCUUCAGCUCCUGACCUAGGAAUUGAUAAAUUUUCGUAGAAAUGAAACAUAUCCGAUAGUAGGCGCUCGGAUAAAUUUCAUCUCACAACAUAGAAACCUCCUACUCACCAGAGUUAGGCUACAAUUGGGAAAUAAUUUUAACCUUUUGAAUAUACAUUGCUGUGAAAUCAGGAUUUGUUCUGGUUUUGUGUACAUCUCAUACUAAAUUGAUUCAGAAAUUAAAACAAAAUCUAAAAUGAAACAAAGGCAAACUGAGUAAACACACAAUACAGUUUUUAAAUGAUAAUGUUAUUUAUUGAAGCAAAAAAAGUUAUCCAAUACCGCCUGGGCCUGUGUGAAAAUGUAUUUGCCCCUGUAGUUACUAAUUCCCCAAAUCUAUGCAUUCAUAAUGGGGUUCAGCUGGACUAGACGCAAGAAGGCCUGAUUAAUGCAAACCCUGUUCAGUCAAAUCAACACUUAAAUACAACUUUUUCUACAGCAUGAAGUUGUUUAAAAGGUCUUUCCCAGUAACACAGUAUGCUAAAGCUGAAAGAAAUUCCAGAAACGAUGAGGAAGAAGGUGAUUGAAAUACAUCAGUCUGGGAAGGGUUACAAAAUUAUUUCAAAAUCUCUGGAACUCCAAAGAGCCACAGUGAGAGUCAUCAUCUCUAAAUAGAAAAACUCAGCCCAGUAGUGAACCUUCACAGAAGUGUCUGACUUUCCAAAAUUCCUCCAAGAGCACAGCAACUACUCAUCCAGGAAGUCACAACAGAGCCAAGGACAACAUCAAAGGACCUACAGGCCUCCCUUGCAUCAAUAGUCACUCUUCAUGACCCCGCUAUCAGAAAGACACUGGACAAAAAUGGCAUCCAUGGAAGAGUGGUGAGGUGAAAACCACUGCUAACCCAGAACAACAUUAAGGCUUGUCUGAAUUUUGCCAAAACACAUCAUGAUGAUCCUCAAACCUUUUGGGAGAUGUUCUGUGGACUGAUGAGUCAAAAGUGGAACUGUUUGGAAGACAGGGGUCCCGUUAUAUCUGGCGUAAACCAACACUGAAUUGUACAAAAAGAACAUCAUACCUAUGGUCAAGCAUGGUGGUGACAGUGUGAUGGUGUGGGGAUGCUUUGUGCUUCAGGGUCUGGGCAACUUGCAGUAAUUGAGGGAAACAUGAAUUCUGCUCUCUACCAGAAAAUCCUAAAGGAGAAUGUCUGGUCUUCAGUGCGUAAGUUAAAACUCAUUCGCAACUGGAUUAUGCAGCAAGACUAUAAUCCAAAGCAUAGGAGUAAGUCCAAGUCCUAGAAGUAACUGAAAGACUGAUCUCCAGAUAUUGGAAGCAGCAGUUUUUCACAUGAGUAACAGGUGUUGGAUAACUUAUUUUGCUUCAAUAAAAAUCUAAAUAAAUAACUCGUGUUUACUCAGGUUGCCUUUGUUUUAUGUUGUAUUUUGUUUAAAGAUCUAAAACUGUUUGAUACGAAAUAGACAAAAACACGAAGUCCAAAACAAAAUACUUUUUCACAGCGCUGUAGCCAGAUAAGCUCGCAAAUCAACCAGCACAAUUACAAUGAGCGGCUUUUCUCAUGUCGACAACAACAAAAACACUUCGCAUGCAAGCGGCCUGUGAUGUGCUGGGAUUGACACAAACCGUGCAGAUGAUGAGUCAUGUGAUUGUGCAAGCACUGUGAUCUACUCAUGCAGUGUUUUAUUUUAUUUUAAAUCGAUGUGGAAUGAUACUUUUUUUGUUCAUAUCUAGACCCAUUAUACUCAGUAACGGCUGACAGCUGUGCAACAAGUCAUCAGUAAUGAAUGUCGCUUUAAAAUGAUGCUUUAGUGAGCAGAGACGUCUAAUUUGGCAAACAAAUAAACAAUUUGCCAGAGAUUUCUACGUCCUCGCAUCCAUUCCUCUCAUCUCUUUCCAUUCUGUAGACACGGGAAUUAAGAAAAAGAAAGGAAUAAGGAAAAAAUAAACAAAUAAAUAACCUACAAGAUACAAAGGAGCCUUUUUAAACACACUAAAAUGGCUCGAUUUUAGCAGGUGAGAGAGAAAAGGUCUAUUUCAGCCCCAGCAUAUGAAAUGACUGGCUUAUGGCUUGAAUGUGCAGGACUUUUUACUCGACGGCUCAACACGUCCUGUGUUGGUAAAGAACCAUAUAUUUAUUUAAAGAGUUAUUUAAAUUAAGAAAGGUUCAUUUAAAGGUGAAGGUUAAAAGUACCUCAUUUUUCUUGAGAUUAUUCGGGAUAACUAAUGCUGUGCGUGUGUGUGUGUGUGCGUGCGCCUGUGUGCAUACUCCUUGUCGUCGCUUCUGAUCUCGUCCCAACCCCUAAUUGCAUUUCUAGCUGAGAUAAUUAUGAUAGGCUCGUCUUCUCGUUAUUCAGCCUUCAUAGUGUGACUGAUGGUUUUCAUCCACGGCGGUCCAUAUUUCCAUCACCCGCUAAAUGAUUUCUCUGCUUUGUAGUGCAUGAAAUAUCUUCAGUAUUUUCAGUUCUUUUAUCAUCCUGUGACCUCAUGAAAUAGUGUUUCAUUUCAGUCGAUCGCUCAAUAUCGUACACAACAAAUACCUUUUGGCGCUGAUUAUCUCUCUCUGCCACUCAGCUGCCUGACUUGAACAAAGAUGUCUUUGUAAAGGAGUGAAGGUGUUCACCGCACGGUUUUAACGUGUAAUGUCAUGACUGACCUGCGUUUUAAUAGUCCCAGUGAAAUGGGAGAAUUGAUUCUCUUGUGUAAAACGCUGCAUUAGCUCAUACAAAUAUCAGCUUUAUUAUAUUAUAUUAUACACACAAUGAUGAUUGCAAACUCUUGUGCUUUCAGCUCCUACAGUAAUGUUCUAGUUUUGUAUUUAAAUAAAUAAUGCUCUCUGACAGUGUUAAAGACUAAAUGUCUGGUCAUAUUUGCGCAGUAAGUGAUGCUGUGGAUCACACCUCCACCAUCGAACCAACAUGAAGUCUAAAUAAAUAAAUAAAUAGUUAUUUUUUUUUUUGUCCCUUUUCAGUCUUUUGUAAGUCAUUAAAUACAUCACCAGCAUCCACAUGGGUCACUAAUUUGAUUCGAAUCAUAAUUCUGGACAUCCCUGCUUCCUUUCUCCGCACGUAUGGUUGACAUUAUUAAUUACUCGACGUAUGAAAGCUGAUUUGCUCGAUAACACCAACAAAAUCUCGACCAUCUUUCAUCAAAUUGAUGUCAGUGUUUUGUAAUGAUUGACAAAGGGAAGGCGUUUGCGUGUGUGUGUGUGUGUGAGAUUUGAUUUGAUUUGAUGUAGGGGAAAUUGUGUGAACACGAUUGAUUUCUGUGAGAUGUAUUUGUAUUUCAGCCCCUGGAGCAUCACAUUGAAGCGAUUUCUAUUUAAAAAAAAUUUUUUUGUCUUUUUCCAAAUACAAAAAAAACAAACUGUGCUAUAAAGUAGACUUUGUGUCUGAGUCAGAUUUUUGUUUGUUUUAUUUUAUUUUCAUUUCACAUAAGCUGACAUCUGUGCUCACUGCCUUAAACUUCACUUCCUCUGUCUGUGGCAUGUCCGAUGAGAGAAACAGCUUUUUAAAGGAGAUGUGGAAGAAAUAUUGUAUAGUAGAACAAUGUCAGUUUGUAUAAAGUACUAAGGGAAAAAAAAUAUUUAUUACAUGCAUUGGAAGAAAUUGUUUACUUAAUAAAUGUUACCUGUUUAUUUAGGGACGUUUAGAUGUAAUAAAAACAUUGAGUUAAACUUU